GUCUCUUUACGAUCAUACUUCUUGUUGGUUUGCAAAAAAAACCCAAGAGUUAAUGAAAUUUGGUUUUAUUAUUUUUAAUUGAUUUCAUUAGGCAACUCAUGCAUGCCAAUCCACCUCUGUCAGGAUGAAACAAGUUAAGAAGCUUCCUCUAACAGACGAAUGCCAUCACUGGACUCGUCUAGGUGAAGUCCCGUGGGACUUACAGAAGUAUUGGCAACAAAGGUACACUAUCUUCCCUUACUACAAUGAGGGGAUCUAUAUGACCGAAGCUGCUUGGUACGGCGUUACCCCUGAACCAGUUGCAAACCAAAUCGCACAUGAACAUGGUUCUAUAAUUAGUUCAUCAAAGACCACGGUCAUCGAUCUAUUUGCUGGAGUUGGGGCAAAUGCAAUCAGCCUUGCCCUUGCCACAACCCCAGACGGCACAACACCUCGCUGGGAAAAGGUGAUCGCUAUCGAGUUAGACCCAGCCACGCUCGCCUGUGCGCAACAUAAUGCGUCUCUGCAUGGUGUGGCUGAUGAUAUCAUUUGGGUCCUAGGUGAUAGCUUCAAGUUCUUAGAGACUCUUCUAGGCUCCCCAGAAAAGCUCGAGAAUGACUUGCAGGUAAACGUGGCUGCCACGGCCUUGUUUGCAUCUCCACCAUGGGGCGGACCAGGCUAUAGGACCGACGAGAUAUUCGAUCUAAGCACGAUGGAACCCUAUAACUUGGCCACGCUGCAUGAAGCUUACAGAACCAUGGAUCACGCGCUUUACCUCCCACGUACAAGCGAUCUUAGACAAGUCGCCAAACUGAUUCCCGAUGGAACAAAGAUCGAAGUUGUCCAGUAUUGCGUCGAAGGCGCCAGUAAGGCAUUGGUUGCAUACAUACCUGCCGCCAAGGAUGAAGACAUUCGCAUGGAGACAUAACAUUCACAAGCACCACUAAACCGUGGUUCCAAUGGGUC